GUGUUCAUAGGUUGUGUGGUUGUAACCUCGUCUCUCUGUUCCAGGUGUUCAUAGGUUGUGUGGUUUGUAACCUCGUCUCUCUGUUCCAGGUGUUCGUAGGUUUUGUGGUUUGUAACCUCGUCUCUCUGUUCCAGGUGUUCAUAGGUUUUGUACUGAAGCAGUUUGAGUACAUUGAGGUGGGACAGUUCAGAGAUUCGGAGGCGAUCGUCCCCAACAUAUUCUUCUUCCUGGUUCUGUUGUCGUACGAGCGGUACCACUCCAAACAGAUCAUCAGCAUCCCCAAGAUCAUUCAACUCUGUGACGGCAUCAUGGCGAGUGGGAGGAAGGCUGUGACACAUGCCAUCCCAGCCCUGCAGCCUAUAGUCCAUGACCUGUUUGUUCUGAGAGGCUCCAACAAGGCUGAUGCUGGGAAGGAGCUGGACACCCAGAAAGAGGUGGUGGUCUCCAUGCUGCUGAGACUCAUACAGUACCACCAGGUGCUGGAGAUGUUCAUCCUGGUCCUCCAGCAGUGUCACAAGGAGAACGAGGACAAGUGGAAGAGACUGUCCAGACAGAUUGCUGACAUCAUACUGCCCAUGAUAGGAAAACAACAGAUGCACCUGGACUCCCCUGAGGCUCUGGGAGUGUUGAACACUCUGUUUGAGACGGUCGCUCCCUCCUCUCUCCGCCCGGUAGAUAUGCUGCUGAAGGGAAUGUUCACUACACCUGCUACCAUGGCUAAUGUCAACACAGUUCAGUUGUGGGUGUCAGGUGUCUUGGCUGUCCUCCGAGUCCUCAUCUCUCAGUCCACUGAAGACAUAGUCCUCUCUCGUGUCCACGAGCUCUCCCUCUCUCCUCUCCUCCUCUCCUGUCCCACCAUCCGACGUCUCCGCGACGACAGCAGCCUCUCGUCGCCCCCGCCACCGCCUCCUGGCGACCCCCGGCAACUGUCGCCCCCGACAACCAGGAGGCCAACGGAGAGCGGGUGCUGCCGGAGGAGGCGUUUGCCAG